GAGAAGUGAGGCAGAAAGGAAAGCUUUGGGCAGUAUUUUUGAGGAACCCAAUUCGAUGUCAUGAACUGAAAGACAGAAUGAGUUUUUCCUGUGCAAGAACAACAUACUGUAAAAGGUGACAGACAAACAUCAGAAAGAGCAAUAGGUGUAUAAAUUAGCACGGCUUCUGGUCUGUGAGUGGCGAAAACCUCAACCCUGCAUAGCACCAUCCCCUAAAAACCCAGUGUGAAAAAAGACAGAAGGAACAGAGCAGCAUCUGGGUCGAAGCUAAUAGAGAAAACCACGGGGCUUUAAAUAGAUCGAGAAAAGAGAAGUGUGAAGUGGACUUUAUGCUCAGAGAGAGGGAGGCAGAGAGACCGAGAGCACGAGUUUACAUCCAUCUCCGGAGAGGCGACGAGUGGCAACUGGAGCCACUGUGGGAUUUUGAGCUGGAAUAACUGGGGAUUUACUUACUGCGGCGAUUUGGGAAAACACAAAGACAACCAAGACAGUAGAAGGAGAGAGUUUGAGGUGAAACUGAGGAAGAAAAGCUACUCUUAGAGGAAAAGAGGGGGGCUCAUGGGAAACCUCCUGAAAGUGCUGGCUUGCGCCGAACUUGAGCAUGGGCCAAUAGUUUUCCUUGACUUUGAACAUGCCCAGCCCACCGAGGCAGAGACGGCCGUGUGGAACCAGGUCAGUGCCGUCCUGGAGGAGGCCCACGGCAUCCUGGCUGAGCUGCAGUCCUAUAACGGCGCGGGGCAGGAGAUACGAGAGGCCAUCCAGAACCCUGGCGACCUUGCUCUUCAGGAGAAAGCCUGGAACGCAGUCUGCCCCCUGGUGGCCAAACUGAAGAGGUUCUAUGAGUUCUCCCUCAGACUGGAGAACGCUCUGCGCAGCCUGCUGGAGGCGCUGACCAGCCCACCCUACGCGCCCAUGCAGCACCUGGAGCGAGAACAGGCCCUGGCCAAGCAGUUUGCUGAGAUUCUGCAUUUUACACUCAGCUUUGAUGAACUAAAGAUGACAAAUCCAGCCAUUCAGAAUGACUUCAGCUACUACAGGAGGACUAUAAGUAGGAACAGGCUGAAUAACCAGCAGCUGGAUGCAGAGAAUGAGGUAAACAACGAAAUGGCCAACCGGAUGUCCCUGUUUUACGCUGAAGCAACACCGAUGCUGAAGACCUUGAGUAACGCCACCACCAAGUUCGUUUCAGAGAACAAGACUCUGCCCAUAGAGGACACCACAGACUGCCUGAGCACCAUGGCCUGUGUGUGCCGUGUCAUGCUGGAGACCCCGGAGUACCGCUGCCGGUUCACCAACACAGACACCAUGCUGUUCUGCAUGAGGGUGAUGGUGGGCGUCAUCAUCCUCUACGACCAUGUCCAUCCCGUCGGAGCCUUCGCCAAAACCUCUAAAAUUGAUAUGAAAGGCUGCAUCAAGGUGCUGAAAGAGCAACCGUCCAACAGCGUGGAGGGUCUCCUGAAUGCACUGAGGUACACGACACGGCAUCUAAACGAUGACAGCACCUCCAAACAAAUCAGAGCCCUGCUGCAAUGAAAGAACUCCAGAGGAAAGGGGGAAAAUGUCGGAGCGCACUUGAAGACGGAGGGAAAAAGACACCAGAGGCUGAAAAAAGCUGUUUACAACGGACGGAGAGAGCCAUCUCUGGUUUAGGAGCAACCUGACGAUUAGAAGAAGAAGAAUUUAAUUAUAUAUAUUAUCAGCUGUCCAUCAUUCUGUCUCUCAUUUUGUAAAGUAAGAAAAGAGAAAAAAAAAGAAGGAAAGCCAGAAAUGAAGAUUAUAGAUAUUUAUUAAAAGAAG